GGGCGAAGACGAGAGCCCGAGGCGCGGCCGGCGGAGCUAGCGCGCAGCAGCCUGUGCUCGGCCGCGGCGAGGGCGGGGGAAGAAAAACACCCUGUUUCCUCUCGGGCCCCCACCGCGGAUCAUGUACCAGGACUAUCCCGGGAACUUUGACACCUCGUCCCGGGGCAGCAGCGGCUCUCCUGCGCACGCCGAGUCCUACUCCAGCGGCGGCGGCGGCCAGCAGAAAUUCCGGGUAGAUAUGCCUGGCUCAGGCAGCGCCUUCAUCCCCACCAUCAACGCCAUCACGACCAGCCAGGACCUCCAGUGGAUGGUGCAGCCCACCGUCAUCACCUCCAUGUCCAACCCGUACCCCCGCUCGCACCCCUACAGCCCGCUGCCGGGGCUGGGGUCUGUCCCUGGGCACAUGCCCCUGCCGAGACCUGGCGUGAUCAAGACCAUCGGCACCACUGUGGGCCGCAGGAGGCGAGACGAGCAGCUGUCUCCUGAAGAGGAGGAGAAGCGUCGGAUCCGGAGGGAGAGGAACAAGCUGGCUGCAGCCAAGUGCCGGAACCGACGCAGGGAGCUGACGGAGAAGCUGCAGGCGGAGACGGAGGAGCUAGAGGAGGAGAAGUCAGGCUUGCAGAAGGAGAUUGCGGAGCUGCAGAAGGAGAAGGAGAAGCUGGAGUUCAUGCUGGUGGCUCACGGGCCAGUGUGCAAGAUCAGCCCGGAGGAGCGCCGAUCGCCCCCUGCCCCAGGGCUGCAGCCCCUGCGCGGUGCGGGUGGUGGCGUGGGUGCCGUGGUGGUGAAACAGGAGCCCCCCGAAGAGGACAGCCCCUCGUCCUCGUCAGCGGGGCUGGACAAGGCCCAGCGCUCCGUCAUCAAGCCCAUCAACAUCGCUGGGGGCUUCUACGGAGGGGAGGAGCCUCUGCACACCCCCAUCGUGGUGACCUCCACACCUGCCAUCACUCCGGGCACCUCGAACCUCGUCUUCACCUACCCCAGCGUCCUGGAACAGGAGUCGCCCGCGUCACCCUCGGAGUCCUGCUCCAAGGCGCAUCGCAGAAGCAGUAGCAGUGGGGACCAGUCGUCAGACUCCUUGAACUCCCCUACUCUGCUGGCGCUGUAACCCACCCCCGGGGGCCCUCAUCACGGCCUCCUUCCCAGGGACCAGCUCCUUCAAGAGCCCCAGGCCGCGCGGGCACGAGGGGGACCCUGCCUGGGAGCUUCCUGGCUCUGGGGAGGCCCGGGGGACUCGGUGGUGAGGCGUUGGAGGACUCGGACCAUCUCUGGGGAGUCCGGGAGCUCUUCCCUCGUCCAUCUUGCAAAGCAGAUCCUGUUUCUUGAAAAGCCUUGGAGAACUUGGUUGGCGGACUCGGGCAUCUCUCUGGCUUCCGAAGAGCCUGAAGCUGGCGUGGACCGCUCCUGUCCCUGUGUGACGCUGUGUCUCUGGAGUGAUGGUGUCCCCCCCCACCCGCCCCACCAAGCAUGCUCAGUGCCUUUUGGUUUCACCUUCCCUCUAUUUGCCCCUUCCUUCCCCAAGUGUCAAUUUCACUUCCUCUUGGUUUUUAUCAAAUUUGCCAUGACAUUUCAUCUGGGUGGUCUGAAUAUUAAAGCUCUUCAUUUCUGGA